AGUAUUGAACUUCCACUUUUGUAAUGGCUGAACUGAAGAACUCGAUCAAAGAACACGAGUAUUUGCUGAAAUCAGAGGAGCCUCCAGAAGAGGCUAAUGAUGAAAACCCGCAAACGUUUCAUCUAAAUCGACCGGAUUCUAUCGGUGGUUCUGCUGUCGUGAUCGAAAGCUCACAAGUUCCAACGACUACAAGGAAAAAACUCAGUGAUGCACGACAAGUCAAGUUGCCGACUAUAAAUAUGUCUGAGAGGCAGAUUGUCUCCUUCGCCGAUCCGCCCAGCGCCGGCCUAAAAAGGACCCCACCGCUCUCGAUCUCGCCUAUUGGUUAUACACUGCAUCACAUUCCCCAAUCGGCUGAUUAUCGGAGUAAGAAGGAUGAUGUUGUCUCCAUGCGAGUUUAUGUGUCUCAGUUUGAAAGAAUGGAUAACGCAGAAGAAGACGAUAACAGCUAUGCUGGCAUUCAAUUCAAUAUACCGGGAGGAAGAAAUGCUACUGCAGAAUACAUAGUCGAAUUGAUGGGGAAAGAAUAUGGGAUUGACAAGUCAAUAGUGAAAGAAGCAUUCUCGUUGUGGAUGAUUUCGGAAUUGUUAGAGGUGCAGCUGAAACCUCAUCACAAACCUUAUGAAAUGAGACGUGGAUGGGGCGAAGUCUUGGAUAAGUUUGCGCAGUCAGCAUCAGAAAGUAGGAAAAAGAGUGACGAACCUGUGUUGUAUUUCCGCAGAAACGUGCAGCUCUCUGAAGCCAAGGAGCAGCGGAUUGUGACCUUCUGUACGCGAGCCUUGGAAAUGCUACUUACGGAUGCGCGCUCGUCGCUCUUCCUUGACCGUUGUCCGAUGCCACCUGAAUGUGCCGCUGAAUUAGCCGGUCUCGGAUUUACCAUGGAGGAUGGUGCUUUUGAUGCGAAAGUGCAUACUGUGGAUUGGAUUAGAAUACAUCUGGAGGACCAGCUUCCUAGUCGAAUGGCUGAUAUUAUUCGUGGACCGAUGCUCCUGGGAAAAGCACUCAGUGGAUUCAACGAGCUCGAAACUCUUGUCGUCAAAUCAUGGAAGAAAGGAAGUGAAAUUCUGAGAGCCAAUGGAUUAGAUGAAGUACGCAGACAUUACUUGACGAAACUACGGGAAUCCACCCCUUGUUAUGGUGCUGCGUUCUUCCGCGGCCUGAUUGAGCGCCCAGGUAUCAAUCCCCUGAACAUCAAAAAAGUUUUCAAUCUGUUGUUGAGUGGAGCCCCUGAUACUGAGGUGCUUGUCGGUGUCAAUAACGAGUUUGUGACUAUAACCGAUGCUGCUAAGCAUGACCUUUUACUCGUCCAAAAGAUACGCGAUUGCUCUUGGAGAAAGUUGAUAUACUCACCGGAAGAAAUUCGAAAAGGUCAUCAACACCUACUGUUUUUGUCGUUCCCAGAUGAUGAUUACAUCAAGUCUCGCAACGAGUUUAUAUCAGGAAAAUCCGAGCAGCUGACUUCCAUGAAAAUGAAUAUCCUACAUAUUUUCUCAAGUCAAGCAAUGCUUUUGAAUGCUAUGCUAAACUCUGUCAAAACGAGCAUUAAUGACGAUGACAUCAUCAUAGAUGAGACUGUUACCGAGCAGUCGACGCCCUCUACCGGCUACCCCGUUGCUGGUCGUGCAACCGUUGCUCGAACGCCGUCGCUGUCCAAGUGCCAUCGCAUGUGUUUAGCAAGUUUUGAGGAUGCGACACGGCAUCGAAGUUGUAUUGUAACAAAUACGUGUUGCUUGGAGGCUUACGGAACGUUUAUAGUGCUUGUACAUCAAACUCGCGUUCUUGGAUCUCUAAUUUACCAAAGGGGAAUCAGGAGUUUUUGCUUGAUGCUUUGA